AUGCCAUCGGACCAUCCUGAUGCCGAGCACGACGAUGAUGAGACGGGAACUUCUGGCCAAGCGAGGCUUGACGGCAUUCCGGAUGUGAUCAAGAUGCCGAAACGUACGGCGCCUACGAGUUUGAUUGAUGACGGGAGGUCGUGGAUGACGGAGGAGAUUCUCAAAGACCUUAUAGCGAGGGCCGAGUUCCCUAAUUCUCUGGAGUUUCGCAUCCCGGAGCUUCUCGAAAGGCCUUACGAUGCUCCGCCGGGAUGGGUGUGCGUUUAUGAGUGCAUGUUCACCGAGUUUGAGAUGAAUUUCUCUCUUUCUCCUCUGCUUCUGAGGUUCGCAGCAGAGCGCGACGUCCCCACGAGUCUGUUGACUCACGGCGUUGUCCGCCACAUUGUCUUUACCGAGGCUCUGACUAGGGCCGCUGGGGUCACGUUCGACCGGCUGCUAUUUGAACAUGUCACGGAUCUUCGAACCGGAUCGACGUGGAAAAGGGACUUCAAGUGGUUUCAUACCACAAUGAAGCAUGACAUUGUCUUCCGGGAUUACCGGAGCAAGAUUCACUGGUGGAAGAACUAUUUCUUCUUUGUCAAGAUAAGUCGCGCCUCGGUCGGGAAGAUCAAAGCUGAUCAGAUUAGGACGGAAUGGGUUACAUCGCCGGGACCAUCUAAACGGACGAAACCGAGCAGCGAGCUCAAAAAGAAGUUCAAGCUGUUGAAGGAGCUUAGUCACGAGCUCUGGCCUGAGGUCACGGCAGUGCUCGAGAAGAAGAGACAAGAGAGAAGGAAAGAGCAAGCCUGCUGUUUCCGCGACCCCGAUAUCUAG